GGAAGUCAGCCAAUCAAGGGAUCGGCCAGACGGAAGCCGCGAAGCUACCGGAAGCUGUCUCAAGGUUCUGACCGGAAAGCGGAAGCAGCGCGCAGCACGUGUGGGCGGUGCCGGUCGGAGGGCUUUGCGUCCCCUGGGUUUGUGGGAGGUGAGACCGCUAGCGGCGACAGGCCAGGGCCGGGGUGCGGAGCGCGGGGACCCGGGGAGAUCCUUCGGAGCUUGGUGACCCGCCGAGUGUCAUGGAGGGCUCUGAGGAGCAACCAGGCUCACAGCCACCGCAUUCCGGGGACCACCGCAUCCGCGACGGCGACUUCGUUGUUCUGAAACGGGAAGAUGUGUUCAAGGCAGUACAAGUCCAGCGGAGAAAGAAAGUAACUUUUGAAAAGCAGUGGUUCUACUUGGAUAACGUCAUUGGCCAUAGUUAUGGAACCACAUUUGAAGUGACCAAUGGAGGAAGUCUUCAGCCUAAGAAGAAGAAGGAAGAGCCUACUUCAGAGACCAAAGAAGCGGGCACUGAUAAUCGAAAUAUAAUUGAUGAUGGGAAAUCCCAGAAACUUACUCAAGAUGACAUAAAAGCUUUGAAAGACAAAGGCAUUAAAGGAGAGGAAAUAGUUCAGCAGUUAAUUGAAAAUAGUACUACAUUCCGAGACAAGACAGAAUUUGCUCAAGAUAAAUAUAUAAAAAAGAAGAAAAAGAAGUAUGAAGCCAUCAUUACUGUUGUGAAGCCAUCCACCCGCAUUCUUUCAGUUAUGUAUUAUGCAAGAGAGCCUGGAAAAAUUAACCACAUGAGAUAUGAUACACUAGCCCAGAUGUUGACGUUGGGAAAUAUCCGUGCUGGCAAUAAAAUGAUUGUGAUGGAAACAUGUGCUGGCUUGGUGCUGGGUGCAAUGAUGGAACGAAUGGGAGGUUUUGGCUCCAUUAUUCAGCUGUACCCUGGAGGUGGACCUGUUCGGGCAGCAACAGCAUGUUUUGGAUUUCCAAAGUCUUUCCUCAGUGGUCUUUAUGAAUUCCCCCUCAACAAAGUGGACAGUCUCUUAAAUGGGACAUUUUCUGCCGAGAUGUUAUCUUCAGAGCCAAAAGACAGUGCUUCCGUUGAAGAAAGUAAUGGCACGCUGGAGGACAAACAGCCUUCAGAGCAAGAGAAUGAAGACAGCAUGGCAGAGGCCCCAGAGAGCAGUCACUCAGAAGAACAAGAAACAAUGGAAAUUGUCUCUCAAGUUCCAGAAUAUAAAGAGCCUAAAGAGAGAGGAAACAAAAAGGAUUAUAUUCAGGAAAAGCAGAGGAGACAAGAAGAGCAGAGGAAAAGACAUUUAGAAGCUGCCGCUCUGCUGAGUGAAAGAAACGCAGAUGGUUUAAUUGUAGCUAGUCGUUUCCAUCCCACUCCAUUGCUCCUGUCUUUGCUGGACUUUGUGGCUCCUUCAAGGCCGUUCGUGGUCUACUGCCAGUAUAAAGAGCCUCUGUUGGAAUGCUACACAAAACUGCGGGAAAGAGGAGGGGUUAUCAACCUCAGGCUGUCUGAAACCUGGCUCAGAAAUUACCAGGUUUUGCCAGAUCGAAGUCAUCCGAAACUACUGAUGAGCGGAGGUGGGGGUUACCUUCUCUCAGGCUUCACUGUUGCCAUGGACAGCCUUAAAGCAGAGCCCAGUCUCAAACCCAACACAGGCACCGCAGAGUCACACACGACUGAAGAGCCAGCAGCUAAAAAACGGAAAUGUCCAGAGUCCGACUCUUAACCUUUCAAAAAUUGCUUUGGUCUUUGUUCUCAGGCAUUAUACAGUUAGUAAGUAAACUUUAAAUACCAUUACUAAUUGUUUUUUCAUAUCCUAAGAAUAAGAACGUGUCUGUACACCUGUUCCAGGGAAGGACAGAUAAGCCUCUUGUCCACCUCUGGCACAGGUGGGUUUGGUCUAUCAAAACCUAGAUCCAGAAUACGCAGGCCUGGGGUAAGCAGUGGACUGGUAUAUGGCCAACUGUGUUUAUUUCACAAAAAUCCUCUAAGAACUUUUAGCACUCUGCGCAAAUAUCUUGAGAAUUGAGACAUCCCAAAAAUAUAUUUAUACAAGACUUUGUAUAUGUGUUAAGCUAAGUGGAGUAACACACUAUCACUGAAACUUGGGUACUGAAAGGAAGGAAUUUGUGGCAAUUUCCUCCGUUCAUUACGUUCUCUUCAACCUGAGCAAUAUGAAUGUGUGUGAUUUACAGUACCAAAAAUGUCCACCCUUUUCCCUCCAAUGGAAUAUACUUUUAAGAAAUGUUAUAUUUUGUUAUUUUAAUAGUUGAUGACCUAGGAAAGCUCUCAGUAUUUAUUUGACUGCUGUUUUUGUCAAUAGAAAGGUGUAGUAGGGUACUUUUUUCCCAUUAAUUUGCCAAUGCCCUCAUUCUUUGUUCCAAGAAAAGUGACUAGAACUUUUGUGUACUAUUCAGUUAAAGAAAACAAAUGGUUUUUCCCCCUCCCCAGAGACUUACGGAGAUAGCUAGGUACGUGUAUAUGGAUGUUGGUGUAUGCAUAUACAUACGUAUGUUUAUAUAUACACACGCAUACACAUGGAGACAGAGAAUGCACUUCCUGUGUGAACUGUAACAAAGGUUAGCGCAGGGCUUAGACCAGUCCUCAUUGCAUUAGUGUCACUCCUUGUCAAAUGUAUUUUUAAGUGCCUUUUUUGGUGAUUAUUAAUGCUGGUUUGUAGAGCUCUGGCGUGACUAAGUGGUUAGUCUUUCUAAGCUCUGAAAAAAUGUAAUGAAAUUAUUCGGUCAUCCACUGCCGCCAAGAGAAGUGUUUAGUGUCCAUUUGAGAGCGUGAGUCUCGCUCACUAAACACGCUCAUCAUGUGUCUUAUUCACGUCGUCAUAGAAUAGAUGCGGAUCAUCCAGCGAGAAGCAUCUCAAAAAAAAAGAAAAAAGAAGUAGCUUCUUCCUAGUAGCAUGUGCUGUUCUAAAAAUGGCCAGUGUGAUUACCAACAAGUACAGUUUUGAUUCCUUUUUCUUAAAACAAUUGCUUUUCAAGAAUAAAAGUAUUUCCUACUGUGA